UUCCUUGCCGCUGAGCGAUGUUUUGAAGGGGAAAUGGGUUCAGAUUUCUUUGAUGAGGACGGAAGGGGGAAGUAAAUAAUUGAAAUGUCUCUAAUAUCUGGCAAUAUACAUUAAGCGACUAUCAACCAACGUCCAUGCCGUUUCCUUGCUCCUGAAAAAAAUCGACGGGAUAACCUCCUGGAUUCGUAAGACUGAAGUUUGAAUCCUGUCCACUCCUGUCUUUGUUAACGUACAGUAGUCGCACAGGGGACGUCCGUAAUAAAGUAUAGCAUAAAUGACAGUACCAUUGACAUGAAUAGCUUACAAUUUUAGUGACUUUAUGUUUACGAGUCUUUACUGGUCUGAUACAUUUCUGGCUACCAGGCGAUGGAAAGCAGAGGGUCACAGUCUGGUUUGUGCGAACAAAGGAUAUGUUAACUUGACCGAAACGGAUCAAUGUGUAUAUUAUUAAUAGCGCGUUUUCCAAAAGCGGAAAUACUGGACUUGAUAUCUAGAAGUGGCCAUUAAUGUGGCUAGUGUUAGGAAAUCACACGGAAGAAGAUGGCAGCAACUAAAGGCAAAGCUGGACUAAAUAAUGAAAGCAGUUCUGGUCGGGAUAGCGGCAGGACAGACGCAGGCAGUCCCACGUUAUCCGCAGGGGCCGCAUCCCUGACUACCAACAGGACCUACACGCUAGAUGACCUGGACACCAUUGCCACUGUUGGUACAGGAACCUUUGGAAGGGUUUUUCUGGUGAAGGAUAAAAAGACAAGAGGUUUUUUUGCUCUGAAGGCGAUGAAAAUCCCAGAUGUAAUUCGUCUGAAGCAGGAGCAACACGUGCAUAAUGAGAAAGAGGUUCUGACGGAGGUGAACCAUCCUUUCCUUGUCAGACUGUUCUGGACGCACCAUGAUGAUCGUUUCCUGUACAUGUUGAUGGAAUAUGUGAAUGGCGGUGAACUCUUCAGCUAUUUGCGCAGCCGAGGACGUUUUAGCAACAGCACAGGAAUGUUUUAUUCAGCUGAAAUCGUGUGCGCCAUUGAAUACCUUCACUCCAAAGAAAUUGUCUACAGAGACCUGAAACCAGAGAAUAUACUGCUGGACAGUGAGGGGCAUAUUCGAUUGACAGAUUUCGGGUUCGCAAAAAAGCUGUCAGAAAGGACAUGGACUCUAUGUGGUACUCCUGAAUAUUUGGCUCCAGAAGUGAUUCAAAGUAAAGGUCAUGGACGAGCCGUUGACUGGUGGGCUCUGGGUGUUCUCAUCUUUGAAAUGCUUGCAGGGUAUCCACCGUUUUUUGAUGAUAAUCCCUUUGGCAUCUACCAGAAGAUCCUGUCCGGAAAGCUGGAGUUUCCACGGCAUCUGGAUUUCUAUGUAAAGGACCUAAUCAAGAAGUUUUUGGUGAUUGAUCGGGCAAGAAGGCUUGGAAACAUGAAGAAUGGAGCUGAUGAUGUGAAGAAGCACAGAUGGUUUAAGUCAGUAGACUGGGAUUCUGUGCCCUGUAGAAAACUCAAGCCGCCCAUAGUUCCCAAGGUAUCUCACGAGGGUGACACGUCUAACUUUGACACCUAUCCAGAGGAUGAGUGGAAGAAGGACACACCAGUACCAGCUAAGGAUCUGGAAAUUUUCAAGAACUUCUGAAAAAAUAUAUAUUCUUUAAUGAAUAAAAAGACAGGACUGGUAGAAGAUAAUGAUUUAGAGCUGAAGUUUUAAUCUAACCAUUCAGGGGACAUUUAAAAAGUCAUAGUUGCAUUAUUAUAGGCAUGUUUUGCCUGCUUGUCCCUGAGUCCUGCACACUUGAGAAACAGAAACAGACUUCUUCUGAUCAUCAUUGUUGUCAACAUAAUCAUGGUCAAACAUUUACAGAGGAAACAGUUCAUCACUUCAGCAUCAUCUAGUAAGUGAUGAGCAACUUGAUUCAACACUCUUAUAUUAUGCAAAAGUAAUGUUUUUAAAGAGUUUAAAUAAGCAAUAUCAAGGUUCUGUUCAAUGUUCUUUUUGCUGGAUCAAAACAAUGUCUUCGCUUAUGCCUAAACAUGUAUGGUCAUGGUUGUGUUUUGGCUUUAUAUCUUAAAAAUCUUGCUGAAUUAGAGCUUUAAGCCUGACAAAUUUAGUUUUCUGGUUAUCUGAACUUGCCGUGUUGAUCCUUUCCUCCCACAUGGUAUUGCUAUAUACAUUUCGCAACAUUAGGCCUGUUUCACACUGCACUCUCGAGCAGACAUGUAAACAAAGCAAAAGCGUAACUGCAACAUUAUGCUUUUAUACUAGCAGCAUUUUUCCAGCAUAACAACCUAACCAGCCUAUUCAAAAAAACAAAAAAUGCAUAGUCAAUGUAAAUGACGGCAAUGCAUUUUAAAAUGAUAAUUUAUUAAAAUAAUUAAGACUACAAAAUGUACAUCCAAAAUGUCAUUAAUCUACAGAACCCAAAUUUCAAACUAUAGCGAUGACUUGGAUUCAGUCAUAUUUACUAAACAGAAAGUGCUGCUGUGUGUGUGUUUUGAUAAGUCAAUAGUUUACUCCUGUUUUUUUUAUUUAUAUACUGCAACCUUUUGAUGUUGUAGGCUAUGUAAAAAAAAAUGCUUUGGCAAAUUAAUUAUUACAUUAAAUCAUAAUUAUGAGGGGGAAAGGAUGAAGUUAUGAGUCAAGCUAGAAUUAUAAGUUAAAUUUGAUCUCAGUUUAUGACUUUAUAUAUAUUUUAUGACCCCCCCGCCCAUAGUCGAAAUUAUAACUUUGAAAUAAAAAAAAGUUGUAAUUAUAAUUGGAAAUUCAGAUUAAAAUGUCAUGACUCUGUUUCAACUUGUCAUGCCAUUUUAUCUCAUAAUAUGAGAUUUUGGACUUUUCGUCAUUUGUAUUUUUAUUUCUACUUUUAUCGCAUCAUUUUAUCUCGUAACAGUUUCUUUGUCAUAAUUGCAAGCUUUUAUUUUAGAAUUAUGACUUGCUCAAGUAAUAAUUUAGACACUUUGUCAUGAUUUAUUUACCAAAGCUUUCAAACAUAUGAGUCCCAAAAUAAAUGCACAGGAGUCGUCUACAGUGUGAAACAGAACGUGUUUUUGUGUUGUGCUGCUUUUUCAUUCUUUUUCUAAGUAUACAUACAUUAGACCGAUGUGUUUGACCAUUGCGCUGUCUCGCUUAUUUUGUUUUCCUUUUGCAUCAGCGCUAUAAUUGCGGCAAGUUAAAAAUGUUCAAAUAAGUACAACUGCCCUGCCUUGUUUUCCAUUCAUCAGUGUUCAUCAGUGUUGCGGCUCUGCAGUUAGAUACUAUUGUGCAUCAUCUCAAGUUGACCACAAAAGCGCAGUUUGUGUGAAUGGCCCCAAGAAUCCAAAGAGCUUUUGAACACGUUCCUACCAGGAUUUCAGACUAAGAAUAGCAGGUGAAGUAGAGGCACAGUAGCACUUACCUAAUCAAACAUGACCUCACAAACCUGUAGGUAACUAAUAAAUUAGCAUUAAUGCUUGUAUUAUGAGAUGCCUGUUCACAUACUUUGGCUGUUGUGCUUGAUGUUCUGUAUGUGUUUACUAAUUGGUUAAGUGCAUAAACAAUUUACUAGCCAGGUGUUUUCUAAAGUUGCCUUGCAUAGUCAUGGGGGUGAAUUUAGCAAACACAGUUUACAUUGCUUUGUAAUGCUACUUUAUAUAUGUUUGGCGUUUAAAAGCCUUGCAUAAUGGGAAGAGAAUUGACUAUGGUGUGAAAUGCUUUAGAAAUGUAGCUACUGUGUGUAUGUUCAAAACAAUUCUUCCUGUUUCUGGACUUCCAUAGAUUUUCUUAACUGCUUUUGUCUGAAGCAGUAAUCUAUCAUUGUACAGUGUCUACUGAAUAUCAUUUAUUUGAUAUAAUUUCUUGAAAUGACUGUUCUUUUUAAAUUGCAAAUGCAGUUUUAUACUAAGGAAAGCAACUUGCAGAUUUCAUAUGGACUUGACAGCUGUUACCAUCUUGUGGAUAUUUGUUGGUUUUUUUUUUUUUUCUCUCUCACUGUUUGUUGGUCAUUGUUUCCUGUGUGAAUAAUUUUGCUGUAUUUUCAAUUUUUAGAGUUUUCUUUUUUACACUUGUUUGAGAAAAAAAAAAUGUAAUUUAUAUUGUUUGCAACAGCAAAAACUAAACUGAAGUUCUAUGAACUUAAAAAUUGACACACACCCAGCAUAGGAUUUUGUACUGGAUUUUAAUCACACUUUUCUUUUUUUAGUUUAUCGGUACUUUCAUUUUAUUGCCUUCUGAACAUUAUGGUGUAUUUUGGAUGGUAAAAGUGCAAUGUUACCUGCAACCAAGCUGUUACAAAAACUUGAGAAAAUCUGCAAAUCCUAUAUCCAUGAAAAUAAACUGAACUUUUCAUGUGGGCAAAACUAAUAGACCUGCAGCCUGUUAUAACUUUUCAGUGUACUCUGACCAAACUUGCUGAAGUCUUAUUGAGAUGGGUUGGACUCUCAGUUUGAUGGCACCAAGCCAUACGCUCAUUCACUCAGGAACCUUUUAAACUACAAGCUUAGUGGAAAUUAUUAGACCAUUUACUGUUAGUAAGAGUCUUAAUAUAUUCUCAUUUUUCUAUAUACCCACGAUUAAGUGCUUGCCACAGUUUCAUAUGCUAGUAUUUCCCUCAGUUGGUCCCUUUAUAGUUUAUUUUCCUUAAGUAUUCAUGUUAAAUGUAUAUUAAAUGUGCAUUAACAGAACAAAUUAGCAUCACUCCUUCCCUGCAAAAGCAGAUGAAUGAUCUCAUUCAUUAAGGUGCCUUGAGACGGUUGCAUUUUUAAGAGGUUAUUUCACUCUCUAACCCCUGUGGUUAGACUUCACCCGUAGAGAAAUGUUCAAACGUAACUUUCUUUCUUCGCUCUGCUCCUUGUAAAAUCUGACUACAGUUUAAACAUUUUAAAGACAUUUAGUCCUUUCAGACACACCGCUGGGACAGACUAAUUUUACUUAAUAGUUCCCUUACGGUCUUCAAAAUGCCUGUACGAUGGAUCUGUCCCCAACCUUAUAGGAAAUGGUUUUAAUGUAUGGUAUAUGUACCCACCGCACUUUGGCAGCUCUGCGUAAUAUAUUUCUACUUGUGACAGGAAAGCAGAAAAACACAUUUUCAUUUAACAACACGAUUAUGGUGUAUUCAUCUUUGUGUACACUCGUCUGUUUGCGUUCGGGUUGCUUAAAUACAACAAAUUUUGGAUGCAUCGCCAUUUGAAAAAUGUUCUCCGAAAGGUUGCAGCUGCUGUUUUAAUUCUUGGUACUGUCAACGCAGCUCUAUACCUGAUGACACUUUUUGGCUGAGUCAGUGGCGCUGAAUGCUGUUCUUUAAUCUCUUUUUGUCCUGUAGAAGACUUGAUUUUGUUCGUUUAUUGCAUCAGAGUUACUUUAUUUAUUAGCAAAAGAAAUUACAGUGUCAGUGCUGCUGUGUUGGAAAUAAACCUGAUGUGAAUUUGCAGCUUGGAGCAAGGAAUCUUAAAAGUUGCUGAGUGUGGUGGAGUCUACUUCUAUAAACCCAACAAACCUACCAUUACUCCAUCGUUCACCUACAUGGCUCUCACUUAACCCCUCACCUCCUGGAGUAAACCCCCAAAAACCUCCAUUUAGAAACAAAACUACGCGGGACGACACCUUGUAAUGACUGGUAACCACAGUGAUCAGUGCAAUUAAAUGGCUUUAGGUUCUGAUCUCAUCAGAGAGUCCUGUCAUCAGACUACCACCACACCUGCAAUGAGAUAUUAUCAUAGAGGAAACUCCACCCAUCUACCAGCUACACCUCAUGCUGCCUUCACAUGCUAUCAGACAUGAACGGCCUCUCAAGUUUACAACUAGGAACCUCUGAGAUUAUUUUGAUUCCCGAGUUUCAGAGUUGGGCAGUUUAAGGGGGCACUUACACAACACCGUUUUGAACUAAAAACAGAAAACUUAUGCUUUUUUUUGCUGUUCAUUUACACAAUUUGUUUUGGGGGCCUGAGAAUUGGGGGUUCAAAGGGCAAAUUGUUGAAAAUGAUACUGUUAUUGAUUCCAUGUAAACUACAAUUAUGCAAAUUUGUAAAAGCGGUCGCAUCGUGUAUUAUGUGUAUUUACCGCUCUCCAGCUCUGUAGAUGAAUGCGUAUAUGCACAAAAGCAUAGUCUUUCUUUACAAAGUCACAACGCCAACUACUGGCCUGCAUCAUACAGCGUUUUUAGUUGUUUUUGCAGAUCCAUGUGAGCAAAACUUUUUAAAAUGAUGUUUAUAUGGUUGGCAAGAAAUGGGACACUACAUUGGAUCUGUUGAAAUCUGUUGGAUAUUGACUAAAUAUCUGAAAUGCAUUUUGGCUUUAAUAAGAUUUCCGCAAGCAAUGAGCAAAUAUGAACCUGGUGUCCUCCAUGAUUUGUAAUUUGUAUUUAAACCUUCAGAAUUGGGAAGUCGGAAAUCAGCAUGUUUAGGCAGAAUUAGACAGAUUCUUGUCCAUAAUGCCAAACUAAUCAUGAUAUAAAGGCAGAAACUAGAUCAGAUAAAUGUAGAAAUUCACUGUGGUUUUUGUUUUGAGAACUAUUGGAUAUGGCGGCUUACCUUAUCAUCUAGCAUGCCUUGUGCCAACUUGGAGGUCUUGACCUUCUCAGCUGUAUCCAACAAAUAAAAUCAUGCACCAUAAUUUUGACUCAUUCUGUUGAAUUAAUAUUCAAUCUAUUGUAGUAAAAAUGUUUGAUCAUUUUAUGAAUUAAUUUUAAAGACCCAACAUUUUUAUAGUUACUGUAGAUGUGUUGUACAUUGUGCACACAUCAGAAAGCUGUUAGUGGGCUACACCAAGCAAUGUCCUUCUUUUUUGAAAGGAGGAGUGUGUCUGUGAAUGUGAUCAAGCUGCCUUCAGAUACUUGACUUGGUUUGCAUUUGGCUCUGAUUUGAACGUUUUCUGUGUAGAAUUAUCAUAUGCAGGUCUUUCACUGAUACACACCUGUUAGUACUUAGGAAGGGAAGCUCACCGUCUGAGAGUUUGUCUCGGUCAAUAGAAAAACAGUGAUGGUUUAUCCCAGAUUUGGCUCACAUUCAGUCUCCUGGAGAAGCUUUGCAUUGUUGAGAUCCAGCACUAUCAGCACUGAGUCGUGAAACUCUAAUUGUCCAUUAUAAAAAUAAAAUAAAAAAUGCUUACAUUAAAGUACAUUACAUGGGACCCAAAAUAUAUAAUAAUAUAAAAAAGCAUUGACUUUGAACAGGCUAAGAUUUUUUUUUUGGUGUCUGUAUAAUGGCCGCAUUUCUUUUGGACAUGCAGCAAUAUCAGAGGACCUGGGAGUAAAAACGGCUUAGAACAGCAAGUUCCUGGCAAGGUAUUAACUAAGUUCAAACUAAAUAUCCUUUUAGGUUUUAAAGGCAUAGUUUACUAUUCCUGUAAGUGCACUCACUGGGAGCAGCUUCUUGGUAAUUAAAGGAGCUGUAAGCGAUUUCAGGCAUUUUCCUAGUUUCCACCAUUUCGCUAACUUCCAUUACCAAAUUCCACCCUCUCUCCAAAGACAUGUCAGCAAACCUGCAAAAUGAGUCGCUGAAUUUCAACUUACAGCAACUUUAAGUCUAUAUAGUGUUUAUUCCCAUUCUGAUGUUUUCCAGUAAUUCAGUCAGAUGUGCGUUGUAUGGUAAGGACUUUGAUUUUUUUUAAAAAGAAAGAAAAAAAGAACAUCAAUUAAAUGCGAUAAAGCAGACGAAAAGCAAAUCAUCAGAUAGUUAAACCGCUUACUUCAUUUGAAGCAUGGUUGGGAACAUACUUCUUAGAGAUUUGUUUCAAGUAAACAAAGAAAGCAGGCAGCUGGAUAUUGUAACAGGAAUAACUCAAAGUGCAUCUGUUUCUAAGUUAUGCACUAAUUGUAUUUCUCUUCUCAUAAUUUCCAUAUCCCCGUCCCCUUUAGUCGAUCAAGGUAAACACACAAUCUAAUCUAACUACUUUUGCAGACUUGGAGAAGGUUUCUGAUCAAAAGAGAAUCCAUGCAAUGGUUUAUGAAUGAAGCCAUCUAAUUUCUAACACAUUUAUAUUCAAAAACUAUUCCAACUAUUAUUAGAGGAAUAGUUCACCCAGAAAUUAAAAUGAUCAUUUACUUCACACUCAUAAUUUUAUACUGAAAAAUGUUAUCAACUGUUUUUAUCGAUGCAAUGAAAGACAGUGGGAUCUAAUGUUGUUUAUUACAUAGAAUAAAGAAAGUUGGUAACACUUUAUUUAGACAUUCUACUAACAGUAAGUUACUUUGCAACUACAUGUCAACUAGCAGUCAUUAGAGUAUUAGUAGACUGUCUGCUUAAUCAUUUUUAACGCUUUAUUUUGAUGGGUCCACAACAUACUGACUAAGAGAAACUUUGCAAGUAUAUGUCAACUUAUUCUACUAACCCUAAACUUACCCUUACACUCUACUCUGGGAGUUAGUAGACAUGUAGUUGCAAAUUAAUGAGAAUUAGUUGACAUGUAGUUACAAAGUUACUUCUAGUUAGUAGAAUGUCUAAAGUGGACUAUCAAAAUAAAGUGUAACCAGAAAGUCAUACAGGUUUGGAACAACAUGAGGGUGAGUAAUGAUUACAAAAAAUAAAUUUUUGAUAAACUAAAGUGUCAGUUGAAGCAAGCGGAUAUCAGGCACAAAACCCUGCAGUUUUGGGAACAGUUAAGGUCAGUAUAUAUAAGAGCCAUAGAGACCAUAUCUAGGUCAGCCUAGAGUCCCCAUUUGACCACCGGCAAUGCUGUAAUAUUUCUUGAUUAACCAGCUGUUGAGUGUAACAGCAGCUGAAUUUAGAGCAGGCCUCUCUGGUGAUGGUCAUUGCACAAAUAUGCUUACUCAGAUCUAAACGUCCAUUUGCAGAGCCUCUGGGGAAGGAGUGAACUGUAGCUCUCAUGAUUACAGUCUAACGGUCUGAUUAGAGGGGACGUCGUUGCACGGAAAUGAGAAUGAAAUUAGAGGGGAUCUUCUUGCAUGGAGAAGUAGAAGAUCUAAUUGAAAUAAUAUUAUAUUUGAUCUGCGUCUUUUCCAAGCGGUGGAUAAGAGCAAUAGAGGAGACUUUUAUAUGAACAUAUUUAUGAUUUAUGGCUGUAACUGUCAGAAUGCAUCAGUUUCAUCACGAUUUGGACUCGCACAAAAGACUGAUUUAAAACACUCAACGUUUCUAUUUAAUUAACUGCAAUGCUUUUCUUGGGGCCUUAUGGGUACCAGAUUCCUUCACUGUUCAUCCAGGGUUGUUUUGAGUGAAUUGUUAAUGGAAUUUGAUCUGACUUUAUUCAGACUUUUACAGAAAAGCAGACACACAUGUAUGACACAAAUAAAUCAUUUUAACAGUUGUUUUCCUCAAAGUCUGCAAAUAAUGGCAAGGCUCUUUGUAAAUGAAUUGCUUGGUGGUCAGUCUGCAUCAUCAGAUUGACUCAGCUUGGUUUUUAUUCAUAAUGGGGAACUGACUGAUUUGUUAUGUCUCGUCUUUGUUCUUGCUUGUGAGUAAUGGCAUCAAAAUUUUGCUUAUGAAAACAAGUUUAAGAUCUACACACAAAAAUAUAAUCAAAGAUGUCUCUCAGCAUUGCGCCUGGCUAUUAUUUAAUGCAACGAGUGCCACGUUUUUAAGAUAUCAAGAUGUCAGUGAAAAACAGUUCAGUUUGUAAAAUGCAUUGUAGACCUGUCCAUUCUGUUCCAUUAUACAUCCUGUGUAAGUUUGGUUUGAUGAGGAACGUUGCCUUUUG